AUAAGCGACGAAGUAGCAGUGAAACACGGCAGGAAAAGGAUUAACCAAGUUGAAUGGUUUUCAGUAAGGUUCAGCUGUUGAGGACCUGUUUCCGCCCCCGUGACAAAGAGUGGUGGCUGUGUGAGAUGCCAAUACCUUCCAUCGACUUCCAGGUUGUUGAAGGGUCAGAUCCAAUUAUGGAAACACAGUCAGUGUUAAACAUGCCCUCAAAUUUGACCGAUGGACCUCUGUGGCGCGUUCGAAUUCUGACAUCUACCUAUGAAGCCCUUCCUGUUCGGCCAGAGAUAAACAAAAAAUUUCCUUAUCGGAACACAGUGAUACUUGAGUUCCAACAUUCAGCAUUUGAUGGUGUUGAUAUCGUGAUGAUUGUCGUGUGGUUCCAUAAGAUCAUUGAUGACAUGCUCAGCGGAAAGCCCAUUGAUGAUUCACAAUUUGGUCAACUUGCAGACCACAGUCAGACAUCAGAAAUUAUUCAACAAAUAAAAUCGGCUCUUGAAAAUGAUCCUGAGCGGUUGAGUUCAUUACUUAAACUUAAAAAAGAAGAGCCGGCCACUUCUGUCCUCAUUGAAGCUUUCGGAGCACCAGAACCAUCUCAGGCAGAGACAAUAUACUUGGAAAAUGUUUUUCUGAAUAUUUCAGACGUUGAUAAGUUUCAUGCCAAGUGUCAGUCUGAAAAUAUAUCGUUCAAUGCUGGAUUUACAAGUAUAAUUAACACGGCUCUUGUUAAGGUAGUAAGGGAGGCCGGCUUGACACGAGACGCCUACAAUAUUAGGAGUCGUGUUCCCAUUGAUAUGCGUCGUUACAUGAAAGGUUACUCCAAGACCUUCCCUAUGGGCUUCCAUAAUGCUCCAAUGUAUCAGAACAUUUCAACACCUUACAAUGUUAAAGAUCAUUUCUGGAUGUAUGCAAAGCAGUAUGAUGUUCAGUUUCAAAAUAACUUGAAGAACAAAUUAUUUAUUGAAGGUAUGGUCAUUGAUAGAAUGCUUCGGCCAGCUGAUUUUUCUCCUGAGAAAUUCUUUGCAAAACCACAACCUAUUACGAUUGACUAUUUGUUUGCAAAUAUGUUUACACCUCUUUUUCGAACAUACGGAGCAGGUAAACAUGUUCAGCUAACAGAUAUGAGAAAUAUUGCAAAUAUUCAGGCUCUUGAUGUUGCAUUCAUGUGCAUGUUACUCAAAAUACGUGAAGAGGUCCAAUUUGAUGUCCGCUACUCGUCACGGGGAUUAACAAAAAAUACAGCACAAAAUAUUAUUGACAAAACUGUUUCAGUCUUCAGUGAAAUUUGUAAAAAUAUAUAAUGUCAGAUGAAGGAAUACCUUAAUUUGCAAGAAAUCAUAGAUGUCAUGAGUGGGUCACUUUGAGGCUCAAAUAGCCAAAUUAUAUUAAAAAAAUUCGAUAUAUAUGUACGUAGUUAUGUGUAAUAUAAAAAUGGCUCCAGCAAGUCAAUACUAGACAGUAAGAGCUUAUAAGCUUAAAGUGUCAUUAUCCAGCCCAUCCUCCUGUUUUGGGAGUACUUAUAGUAACAAAGAGGAUCACAGUAUACCGACGUACAACGAAAUCAGAAAGUAGAAAUCUGAACUAUGGAGUUGGACAAACCGCAAAACUAUUUUUUACUUGUGUUGUUUUGACACACAGCCUCAUGUUGAUGAUUCUUGUGCAUCUGGGAGCUCCAAGAAUUAUCCUCAUAGCUUCAUUUGUAAUUUUCUCUAAAGCUUUAUGUAUUCCAUAAUAGAAUGAGCCUUGACCAAGCUAUUAAGAUACAGCAAGGAAGGAGAUGAGGUUGUAAACUGGGUAAAAUGAUCAUUAGGAUUUCUUCUUUUUUACACAAUAUACGUUUAUUGCAGAAUUGAGAUCUGUAAACAAAAAAAUGGGGGGGGGGGAUGUAACUUGUGCAUUGGAUUUUGUUUCCUGUAGGCUCUCUCAGUAUUGUGAGUUUCAUUAUAGUCAACGGUUCAUAUGAAAACUGUCAUUUAUCUUAACGGUUUUAUUUAUGAUUCUACAAUCAAUUUUUGCACCCUUAUUGCCGGAAUAAUCCCUUUCUCGUAUUAGAAAUGUAAUAAGAUUGAUUCCAAUUAUGAUGCUGAAACCAUAUGUUAAAGAAUUCAGGAGCUCGAUACUACCUUCCAUGUAAGGGUAAUGAAAGAUCCAACAUCACCCUUAAUACUUGUCAAGUAGUAAGCAGCAGUCAGAGUGCUGCUUAAACACAGAGUGUUUACUAGUGCUGCUUGUUGGGCGACAAGUGUUGCCAACGCACCAGCGGGCAACCUAUAUACAAGCUGGUUGAGUGAAAGUGUUGCCAAUCUCAUUAAACUGAAUAUUCCUAUUGUAUGCAACGUACUAGUCAAUAAUAUUCCACUAUAUCUGUACCCUGAAAUACACGCCCAUCAGUAAAAAUUAUAAGGACAAACCCAGCACUCCCGAAUGCCAUAACACUUGAAACCAUUGAUUCCUUAUAAAUAACUUACGGCCUCACGAGCACUAUGCUUACCCUGAUGUCUCUCUUCUUCUUGAUGGAAGGUGCAGUUUCCAUGAAAGGUUUACUUUCUACAAUGACUGUACGUGUACAAAUGUUGGGAGACGCACUAAUGUUGAGAGUGACAAGGUUUCAAGUGUUUGUUGUGUUGUGGUGUAGAUAGAGGAGCGGCGAGUAAAGAGAGGCGCGCGUUAGAGGGAGACUUGUCACGCUGAAGGGCGGGGUGUUGUGUUUAUGGCGUCACCUGAUCCUUGGUGCUGCGACGAGGCAGUUGUUUUCUGUGUUUGGCUGUUGGUGGCGCCAGGUAUAAAUGUGACACAGGUCAAAUAUGGCCUAAUUUGUUGAUCGAUUGGAGAUAUUUAGCCAGUGCUUUGACUAUUUGAUAUUUUUCAUGUAACGAGAGGUCUCCUCCUCCUAAUAUGUGCUCAAUGGUAAAAGGUUUUUUAAGUGUGAUAAGUAUUUGUCUGAAGUUUAAUCUGACACUAUGAUGUCGGCAACAGUGAAGGAGGUAGUGUUAGAUUGUUUCUGACACAUGCCAGUGGAUGUUCGUUGAUGACUGUUCUGUUUUUAGAGUUGUGUGCUUCCAGUUUGGUGUGUGUCCCAGCCUUAAUCUGGUCAUCGUUACAUCAAUUUAUCUGCUUUUAAUAUCAUAAAUGUUUCCAAGUUUACUAUUUAUUUUUAUGGACCCAUAGUACAUGGAUGAGAAUGACGUUUUCCAUUUCAUUACAAAAUCUUGGGUGAUGGUAUCUUCGAAGGCUCCUUACCGUGUAACGCGAAGAAUUGGAUGACGGGUAAUUUAAGGCGUGUUGUGCAUCGCUUUGGCCAGUUGAUCUACUAGUUCAUAGUGGUGUAUACCACAAUGCGCUGGGACCCAUUGGAUAGAAAUAUCAUAACCGUUCAAUCGAUGUUCAUAAAGAAGUUGAAAGCAUGGGUAAACAAACUCUUUGCAUGUUGUUAAAGAGUACGUAAUUGCUUGAAUCGCACUCUUGGAGUCACUGCAGAUUGUAUAUAUCCGAACUGGUAAUGUUUGGAUUAUUUGGAGGGCUUGGUAUAAGGCAUAUAAUUCAGCUGUGAAAAUAGAUUGUAGGUUUGGUAACCGCCAUCCCUGCUUGAGAUAGUAUUGUGGGAUCCAUACAGCGCUAGUGACCGAGGGUACGUUGUUCAUGAGGAUGCGAGAUCCAGCUGUGUAAAUCACUGUGGUAUUUGGGUAGCAAUUUUUCAUUGUUGAGGCAAAGACUUAAACUAUGGCUGAGUUUGGUGCAGAUUUUGGAAUGUUGUCUUCCAGUUGUAUUGAUGUUUUAGGGGUUGCAUAAACCCAAGGUGGAAUACGGGGAACAGUAAGCUGGGUUUCAGAGUUUUGGAGUAAAGUGAGGUUUAUACUGAGGUUAUUUAUGGCCCGUGUAAGAAAAGGUUGCGAGUGAUUGGUGGGGACGCUGGGGUUAUGUGGGCUGACUGUUGGGCUCAUUUUUAUCUGUAAUGGUGUGUCGGAUGAGCAGUGGUACAGAGUGACAGAUUAUUGGCACACAUUACGUCUCUCUAGUGGCUAAGCUUGUGAGACCUGUUUUCCCCUGAAGGCCGCAAAAUUAGCUGCACUACAACUUGCCACUAACUCACUGAAGAACAGUGGAGGAGUAAUUUUCUGUGAUUCAAAGUCAGCUUUUCCGGCCCCUGAAAGCCGAAAAUGUAAAACAAAUGCUAAAAAGUUGUAACAUCCAUUAUAAACAACAUUUUUAAUGCUCAGUACAAGAGUUUCAGAGUGUCCUUUGUACGGAUACCAUCUCACAUAGGUGUUGACCAGCAUGAUGAAACACACACGGCAGCUAAAACUGCAUGUGAUAAGCCUGAAAUUGAGUGGGAAAUGUGCAUUCAAAUCUCUGCUGUAAAAGCCAUAAUAUUUCAGGAAAUUAGG